GACAGUAUGCAAAGACGGCCCCCUGCUGCCGUCUCGUCGCUCACUCCCGCCAUGCCGCCUCCCCUCCCCCGCCAUAGAUUAUCCCACGCGUCUCAGGACUCGUCGCCUCGUACUCCUCCCAACUCCAACACGCCUCUGCCCUUCAUGCCCGUGUCAUCGCAGAAGCGCUACAGCAGCGACAGCUGGAACAGCUCGAACUAUGAUGGGACGGAGGAUCUCGAGGCAGAAUGGAGUCCGGAGCAGACGCGACUAUUAUCUAGGACCCUCGACGCUCUUCCUGCGCAUCUACUCACUCCGUUCAACGGUCCUGUACCUCCAUCAAACCUCCUUGAUAAGAUCGCCCGCGGCGUAGCGGACGCCAAGGGGCCCGUCAAUUGGCCCCAUUCUCUGCGCGCGACGCGUGCGAAGAUUGUCGAGCUUGCGCGAGCUCGUGCCAAGGAGACGAUGAAUGAUGGAGCCAGUGACACUAUCGCAGAAGAGGAAGGGAGUGACACCGACGAACAACAGCAGACAGCGCGCGUUGCCCCAAAACGCCCGCUGUAUCGGCAGUCAAGUAUGGACUUUAUGCAAGCGGAAGCGCGUAAUUGGGCGGAUAACGACAACAUCAGCCGUCUAUCCCACCGCCUACAAAACGCUGACCGCUUCCUUUCGACCUCAUCAUUCCAAUCAUAUGCAGCCCCUUCGUCUCGUUCGACUUCUCCGUUCCGCACUCCAGGCGGACAGCCCUUCUUUCCUUCCACGCCUAGCUCGACCACCCUUAAUUCCAGCCACUCCAGCUCUCGCAUCCCCCGUCUUCGGAGAUCUAUGUCUGACAUGUCAAACUCGUCGGAUUCUUUCGUCCUACCCGCCGUCGAUCCUCGUAUGAACCGUGUCAAGCGCAACGAAUCGUUCGCCGGAUCGAUGUACGGGCCUGGCCAGGGCUUGAAGCGUGCACCUUCCUUUGGUGCUGUUUCGAAACGGAGCUCGGGGGCGAUGAGCCUGAGCGGUAGGGACUCAGACGCUACAUCAUCUGAUGAGGAAGAGAAGCUGCGGAGUAUGAAAGCGAAGAAGGCUCGGGUCAAGACUACGUCCCCCGCCUCCACACCAACUUCUCCUGCAAAAUGCCCCGAAUCAUCCCGAACGCGAAAGCCCCCCAAGUCGUCUCCUGCUAAGCCAUCAAGAAACAGCAAGGAGACGCCGGCGCAUCGCCCGACCAAGGCCCGUGCCAAUAUCCAGCGCAACCCCAGUAUACUAGGAGGCGAGCUGCCGCACCUGCAGUCGAGCAUCGAACCGCCCACCCCAGUUCGACGCACACCUCGCGCUGACCGUCAGACCCAUAGCCUCUCUCCGAAGUCCCCCGAUACUCCCGUCGUGGAAAGUACCCUUACUGCUACCCCUGCCAGUUCGAAAGCUCUUCGCCGCACUAAAGACAACAAGCUACCUCAUCGUCCCAUUGCGCGCAAGAUAUCCUUUGGCAGCCCUGGUUCUCCCGCUCGGGAGAACAGCUCUCGUUCCUCGGGCGCGGGCCUUGGCCUCGCAAGGGCAAUUCGGUCGGCUCCCGCAUCGCUCGUCGCCCUCUGUACAAAUCGACCCUCCCUUCCUACCCGUGUACACAACCGCUCCUUUGUCCGGCUCGGCUCGCCCAACCUACCUGUACCUCGUCACUCGUCAAACAGCGUUACGGCAUGGUCUCACAAUCUGCUGUAUCUCACCCCUCCUCUCCGAAAUGUUGUAAGUAUGCCCUCGGGCGUGUACCAUAUGGCUGAUUGCUUCCUUUUGCCUUCUGACCCCGUUGUCAGCGGCCUCUCUCCGCGCAGCGAUCUGAGCCCGCUUCUCCGCGAGGAGCACUGCGGCCCGUUGGUCCCACUGGUAUGCCCAGUAUCCCGCGAAGCCAAAGAAUGCCAUCGACAGGGCGGACGUGGCGUACUUUCGGAGAUGUUGCGCUUCUGGAUGGCCAGCUGGCCGACGCGUGCGGCAAAACCAAAGGUCAUGCCGCCGAGUAUGUUCGAGAGGAGCGACAUGUCUCGUACCCGAGCGGUGAGGAGAAAGGAUAGGUGUGCUGGAGACCUUCGAGUUGGACCCCGUGAGAAUACUAGGGAAUACCGAGGACAUGCACAGACGCCCUCCGGGCUCGUAGGUUCGCAACCCUUUGACCAUACGUACACAUCUCUAGCUCAAGUGCAACUCAUAUCUGAUUACUACACGAUGGCACAAGUUGACGCAGCCGAAGAGCCUCAGCAACCAAACCCUGAGGUGCUUAAGAAACUCGACAUUUCCAAGGAGAAGAAAGACGCAGGCGAUCAAGCGUUCAAGGGCGGUGAUCUGAAGAGCGGACUCCCGUCACAGGCGUUGAUGUAUUUGAAAGGGAUAGACAAGAACGCAUUGUCUCCCAUAACGGCCGCCGCCACAGCUUCCCCCAUUGACGGGGCCGCUCAAUCAAAACAGAGGACGGAGGCAAGUAGAUAUACUCAGUCUACUGCGGAUGAUAUGAUGGAGAAGAUCUAUUCCAAUAUGUCUGCUUGCCACCUGAAGCAAAGCAACUGGAAACGCGCUCUGGAGACUGCGGACAAGGCGGGCGACAACGGGCUGACUGACGUGACGCAGGCUCUGGCAUUGAACGAGGGGAACUACAAAGCUCUCUUCCGGAAGGCAAAAGCUCUUGGGGAGAUGGGCCACUUCGAGAAGGCGGAGAAGAUUCUUGAAGACUUGCUGAAAAAGAAUGACGCAGAUGCGCCUGCGAUCAACGCUGAGCUCGCACGACUGCGCGCGAUGGACAAGGAACGAGAGAAGAUCCACAACCAGAAGUUCAAAGGGUUUUUGAACCGGGAGAAGAAGACAUCA